AUGCCAGGUGGCGCGAAGUGGUUCCGGUGCGAGAAGCAUCUCUAUUUCCUCCUCCUGUCGCCCUACCUGAUCUUCAGAAAGGUGUUUUUCAAGGUCGCUCUGAAGUUGGUCUACCUCCUUUGGCUUUGCUCCACAAAGUUGGCAAUGUGUCUUCACCUUUGUACUGUGAGCUGGAACUGCUGCUGUUCGCUCAUCGGUUGCAUCGUGUCCUUCGGCCUGUGGGCUUGGGCCAAGGAGUCCUACGGGUAUUGGUGGUCACUGAUCGCACCCUUCUGCUACUUCUUCCUGAUGCAGAGCUGGGCCACCAUCGUUGCUCCCAUUGUGUUCAGCGUCUUCUACGGACUCGUGAACCGAAUGACAUGGGAACAAAUGCGGAAAGGUCUUGGAGACAUCCUCACGCCCGCAGCGACUCAGGCUCAAGACACCGUCGCCAGCGGGAGCGCCGGGUUGAUGGAGCAGCCCCUUGCAGACCAGGAGGACAGAACGCCCGCAGCGACUCAGGCUCAAGACACCGUCGCCAGCGGGAGCGCCGAGUGGAUCGAGCAGCCCCUUGCAGACCAGGAGGACAUAAUCAGGAUCAUCAACCUGAACCGCACGGAGUUGGAGAAAGACUUCUCUGACGUGCUGGUCAGCGAAAACGCCCUCGAGGAUGACACGAAGGAUGACACGAAGGAUUCCUUGGAUGACACGAAGAUCAAGAUCUUUUUCUGGAACAUGUUCGAGAUGUCGUCGAUCACCCUUGAGCAGAUGUUGAUCAUUAGCUUGGUGCGCGUCAUCUUCUGCAGCGGAUCCUUGGAGGCGUACGUGGGAAGCUAUCAGCUGACGAUCGGCGAGCGGCAUUGGUACACGUACUACUGCCACGUGGCGAAGCUCGCGGAGAGGGGCAUAGUCAGCGCCACGAACGCUAUCUGGAUGCUCGUCUAG